GUACAUCUCUAAUAUGAGCUGUCAAUCAUUAGAUAGUAACAAAAACGUGUGUCCCAUAUUUAUUUAUUAAAUAUGAGUACUUCAAGAGGUAAUACAUCUAGAAAAAGAGCUCAGAAACAUCAGAAUAAAACGGCUUUUAAAAAUGAUUUACACGAUACUAGCCAAAAAACUAAAUUUUUAAAUUCAAUGGAAUUAAAAGGUGUUUGCAAACGUUGUAAAGAUAUAUUGGAAUGGAAAAUAAAAUUUAAAAAGUAUAAACCUCUUACUGCACCCAGGAAAUGUGUGGAUUGCGAACAAAAAUCAAUUAAAUAUGCUUAUCAUCUUUUGUGCAGUAACUGCGCAUUGAAGAAAACUGUUUGUGCCAAAUGUUGUAAACCAUUUGAUGAUCAAAUUAAAGAAGAAAUAAAUGAAGAUAAAACUAUACAGCAAAUGUUAAAAGGCUUACCAGAAAGGAAACGUCGCAGUAUAAUUCGAUAUAUUAAUAAACAUCAAGAGGGGUCCUCUACAAAUACAUUUGAUAUAAUGGCCCAUAUUGAAGAUGUGUUAGCAGGCUUGAAAAAAUUGGAUUUUAAUGAGGAUGAUGACUUUCAUUUCUCUAGCAGUCAAUCUGAUACUGACAAUGAAGGAACAUAGAAAUAAAAAAUGUUCUGUAUAUUAUAUAUAAUUAUAUUUUUAAAUUAAACUACAUAUUUAUAUAUUAUAUA